AUGCCAUGCAAUCCGGAAGAUGAGUUUCCGCCACCAACCAAAAAGCUAAGACCCGAAUCUCCUGUUGAAAAGUUUAGUUUCAGUGUGGAGGAGGUCGGGCGCAUUUGUUCCGCGUCUAGCGAAAAGUGUGAAUUGGAAGUUUUAACUCGAGAAUUAGAUUCCCUCGAUGAAGAUGCUGUUUUCUCACGUAUGCAGCGCUACCUCGCUACUGGAUCCGUACAGUUACUUACAUCCUCACUGCCACCUCUUUCCGGAUUGUACCCUUUUCCCAAACGGAACUGUUCCGCUGAGCAUUGCAUUUAUCUGCCUCCUAAGAAGACGGAGCUCGACGAAUCCCCAUGUGUCUCAGAGGACACACCUAUUGUUCCUCAGGUGGCAGGUGAUAGUUCCCGACGGGAAAUUGCCCAGGGGGCUCGCCUAGAAGCUUCCGUCCUCCAGAAGAUCGCUUAUCUUAAACAUCAGGGACUUUGGUCUUCGAGUCGGCUACCAAAAGUAAUGGAACCCAAUCAGGGUCGUUCUCACCACGAGUAUCUAAUGGAUGAAGUUUUAUGGCUGUCGGCUGACUUCGUGGAAGAAAGGAAAUGGAAGAAAGAAAUCGCUCAUCAUGUGAGUAUGUCGACCGUACUUCGGUUUGGUGUAUGCAACUUGGUAUCCAUUAUUAACUAG